AUCUUUAUCAACUACAAAGCAACAUUUUUCUGAUUUGGAUAAUUAUGAAGAAGAAAAAAAUGUAAAAAAGAUUAAGAGCUAUUCUUCACCGUUAUCUUUUGCACUUCUUAAUAAUCUUAUUAACCAUCAUAUCAAAGAUAAGCAGUUACUUAUUCACCGUCCUUCAGAAUGUGUUGGCCCACCAACCCUUGAGUUCAUUAAUGGAAUGGCUGAAAUAUAUCGCAGUGAACAUGAACGUUUUAUAGUGUUUAAAGAAAAAAUUCGUAAAUUAUUUGGUGAGAAAUUAAGAAUGAUUAGCCUAGAAGAUGAUUCUAAAAAUGAUGGUGUAUUGGAAUUUAACGUCUUUUCAAAAAGUGUUUUACGCUUUCUUGUUGAAAUAAAAAAUGAAAUUGGCACUGGUAGCUGUGAUCUAACUAUCCAGGCUAGUGCUUCUUUUGCAAAAUAUUAUACUCAAGAGAUAUAUGGAAAAAAACUUAUUAUAGAUCCCUUGACAGACUUUAUACCUUUUAUUUCUACAAACAAUCGAGCCUAUGUGGAGCAAGUAGCACUACUUUUCAAAGCUUUGUGCUUGGGAGUCAACAGGCUAAAAGAGUAUUAUACAUCGCUAGAUAUACCUACAAAUCAACAAAAUUCAUAUUGUUUUUUUCUCUAUCCGAAUCAAUACAAACACCAAGAUACAAUCAUAGAAUUUACAUAUGAAGAAAAACUUGUUGAUCACAAGCUUUUUUGGAAAGCUAUAACAAAAGACAGGCAGAAAAUUAUUGUUAACAAAGAGAUGGUGGAUGGUUUCUAUAUGGUAGUGAUGGAUUAUGUUGAGGCAGAACCACUUUAUAACUGUAGCUCACUUAGUCGUAAUAAAUAUAAGGCGAUUUUAAGGGAUGUCAAAGAAGCUAUUGACAAAUUGCAUGAGAAAAGUAUAGUUUUUUCUGACCUUUGUGAUUCCAACAUUCUAGUUAACAAAUCUCAAGGCCAAUAUAAAGAAAUGCUUAUAGAUUUCGAUUGGGCUAGUAAAGAUGAAAUUAAGUGCUACCUAUCUUUUAUGAAUCAUAAACAUAUUAAUUGGCUAUCAGGAGCUGAAGAUAGGAAGAAGCUGAGUCAUAAACACGAUGUUUAUUGGUUGGAGCUAUUGAAACAUAAAUAUUUGG